GCUGCAUCAGAAAAAGGCUGGUUGACCUGCAUCAUGCGAUGUCUGGGAUUUUAUUUUUCCCGACGUUUUGGUUUGUUGGCACUUUCUGUAUCUAUUCUUUUGUUUCUUGCUGGCUUCUACUUUCUCAGUACUAGUUCUAGUGGUGCAGCUCGACAACCAGUUGUUUCCUACCAUGCGUACGAUCGACUGCGAGGUUUACGUCGAAUGCACGACAGUGUCAAUGAAAGCGUAACCAAAACCCCACAGCAGACUAGAAGACAAUCAGAAUCAACAACUAGUAGUAAUUAUACAAGUAUUGAUUUCGAGCACGUCUGUCACGCAACUCUGUCGCAACUCUACCGAAAGUUGCACGUCUUGGAGGACAGACUAUGGGAGGAAAAUAUACGACAAGCAAGAUCUGCUAGAGAAAGAGGAAUAGUUGGCGAUUAUGAAAGGACGAAGCAGAUCAUUUCCAUUAAUCUCAAGAAAUGUCGAACUUCGUCAUCUGAUCAAGAGGAGCUCCGUGUUGUGCAGUCUGAUGUGCAGUCUGAUGUGGAGUCGAAGGCUGACGUUCAGAAAGCCAAAGUUGCUGUUUCUCAGUCUCAGCUCACUGCACUUGCCAUGAGGCGCGCUCGGAUUAUGCUGUGCAGCUUUUCACUUGUGGAUCAAAUGAAUAUGAAUAGUGUCCACAACAGUUUGUCUUCCAGACCCAAACGGGACUUAAUUAUUAUAGUUGCGAACAUGAGAACAGGUUCGUCAUUUUUUGGUCAAAUAUUUGAGAAAAGUGACGACGUACUUUAUUUCUAUGAGCCACUGAAGGGGAUAUCGAGGCUAGCAGUUAGUCAAAAUUUCAGCAAAAGUGAUACUCAAAAAUUGAACCUGGCAUUACUGAAGUCGAUAUCGACUUGUAAUUUUGAGACAAAACUUGGCCACCAGUUUCUGCAAGAUAUCAGUUUAUCGACAUAUUCAUCUAGAGCUAAUAGCCAUGUACUUGCAUCGCCACCUCUGUGUCCCAGCAACUGUCCAGAAAUGAAUCGAUGUCCUGUUAUUCAAAGCCACAUCUUCCAUCGAGUGUGCAUGUCAAAGCAAGCAACUGUGGUAAAGAGUAUUCGAAUUCCUGACAUCAUGUUGCUGAGAGAGCUAGUGAACAUUGAAACCGAAGGAAUCAUUUUAGGCCACGAGAAACCGGCUAAACUACAAGUUGCUCAUUUGGUACGAGAUCCUCGUGCUGUCCUUUUUUCGAGAAUGCGCAUAAGAGGACAGUUGGAAAAGGACUUUCUAGCAAUUCAUGGGAAUACAGCAAAGAUACCGAGUAGAGAUUUGUUGAUAGACUCAGAAGCCAGAUCUCUUUGCACAGAAAUGUGGACAAACUUACACUAUGCUGAUAGUCAUCCAAACUGGUUAAAAGACCGCUAUCAUAUUUUUAAAUUUGAAGACAUUGCUCUAAAACCUCAGUUAGCAGCAAAAAAGUUGUAUAAUCGUUAUGGUCUUCAGAUGAGCAAUUCUGUGCUGGAGUGGAUUGAACAGAACACGCAUGCGGCAACCAACAGAGGUAACCCGUUUGGGACAAACAGGGACUCGGAGUUGGUAGUGACAGCUUGGAAAACACUUCUGAGAGCUCCUAUAGGAAGACAUUAUAUCCAGAUCAUGCAGUCGAGAUGUCAGCAUGUCAUGAAAUUUUUGGGGUAUGAAUUGGAAAAUAAAGAACUGUUUAGAGCACAUGUCAACUAAAUAUGUAAAUAACUUUGUAGAGACACUGAGCAGAUAUUUUGUAGAAGCUAUGGAUAAACUUAAUAAAAACUGUCCAGUAAGUUGAGCAGGUAACAACCAUGAGAUCGAAAUGAGAGUGACUCUAGUCAAUAGCAGUCUAGUUCUAUGUCUGUUGUACUUUGUAGUCAAUCGUUUUCAGCUCUAUUGAAUUAUUCACAGACGUUUGUCCUCAGACAGGGUACAAUACACUGACUGGAUCAAUUUGA